AUGGUGCCGGCGUUCGCGGCGGCGGCGGCGGCGGCGGCGGGGCAGCAGCAGCAGCUGCAGCAGCAGGCCGCACAGCAGCAGCAGCAGCAGCAGCAGCAGCAGCAGCAGCAGCAGGGCGGUGGCAUCAUCGGUCAAGGUGAUGACGUCAUUGAUGACGCUGGCAGUGACAGCAGCGAGGAUCUUGACGAUUUUAUUGAGGAGGAUUUGCAGGAGGCUGGCGGCAUCCCCCACCCACUCCUGCCAAACGGCGGCGGCGGCGGCGGCGGCGGCGGCGGCUUGGCGGGUCAGCAGCAGCAGCAGGUGCAGGUGCAGGUGCAGUUGCAGCAACAGCAGCAACAGCCCCCAUUGGAUCUGUCGCCCCUGGCCCGCCUGACUGGGCUGGAGGUGCUGCAGCUUGACAAGAGGGAGGAGGGGGACGACUACGAGGGCAUCUCACUGCUGGUGUCGCCAGCUGUGGUGCGGGCCCUGGGCGCGGGCUGGGGCAGCCUCAACACGCUGGACCUCUAUAACUUCUCGCCAGAGGAGCUCCCCGCGGAGUCGAUUUCUGAGAUGUCGCGGCUGACAGCGCUGCGCUCCCUAUCAAUCAGCAGCUGCCCCCACCACGCCGCGCGCCCGGCGGCCGCGCGCCACCUGGCCUGGUGGCAGAUCCCGCCGCGGCUGACGGCGCUGAGUUUGACUGGCUUUGACCUGUCAGAGGCGGGGGAGGACAGCUGGCAGCGGGGCCCCGGCGACAGGCUCGCCGAGCAUUUCGGGGACCUGCUGAGCCUGCGCCUGCACUUCUGCACCCUCCCCGCCGGCCUGCUGCGCGCGGCGGCCCCGGCGCUGGCCGAGAAGCUGCACAGCCUCUCGCUGGUCGACACCCGCGGAGGCAGCAUGGAGGAGUUGCAGGUCCUGGGGCAGCUGACUGCCCUGUCUACACUGCGGCUGAUGCCGUGUGAUCACGGCGUUGGCGGUGUGGGCAAGCUCGCCACCCUCAGGCUCAAGCAGCUCAAGCUCAGGCUGAGGCACCUGCAGCGCGCUGACCUGGCGCUGUUGCCGCGCCUCACCAGCCUCUUCGUCCUCACCCUCACCGCCCCCCUAGCCGGCUCCGGCCAGCCCGCGCACGGGCACGGGGGGGAGGUGCGCAUGGCGGACGUCGAGGGGGCGGUGGAGGGCAUGCCGUACUGCGACAUUGAGCUGGAAGGGGAGCCCGCGCUGCCAAACGGCGGCUGA